AUGUGUACGUCCUCUGUUUACACCGCAACGCGUGCUCUUACGACAGUACGAGGCAUCGCCUCGUAUAUUCCAUGGGAGUUCGGUGAAUCCACUUGCUCGGCCCUUAGUUCGACAACGGAGCGACAGCGGAGCAGCUCGCUCGACCACCUCGCGUGAACCUGCCGUCGCUUUUUCCGCACGGAACAUCGGUGCCGGUACCGAAGAGGGAACAGUCGCGAACACGGGUGCACCCGUAGUCAGUGAUUCUAACGAUAUCUCGCGAUAUGGCCACCGGCUGCUACAUUCAGACGCUAACUCGUAAGGCGGAAGCGGAGUAACGUCUCGACGUUCGAACACCGGAAUCGCGCGAAUUCUGUGAGAUCGGGGCGGCAUUCGCGCGAGUUUUAAUCCGUGAGCGGAACGUCGCGGACUUCGAGAGCAUGACGCGUCGUUUUUGACGAGCCGGUGCGAUCUGAUAGGAGCACGACGGCCGGAAUGAUUGAUCCGAGUUGGACGACACUUCGCGAGUGACUCGUCGUUGAAUGGCUACGCAAGUGUUUCGAGUCGGUGACCAAGCGCAGGUGGUGUGACGUAUCAGUGCGAGAUUCGCUUACGUUCGACGGUGCGACGUCGCUCGGUGACAGGUUGUAAUUCAUUAAUGUGACAAUGAUUCUGACCGGUGCUGCGCUCGACAAGAGGAUCGUCAUGAUCGUGUUGGCGGUGUCGUUGCUACUUCUUCGGGCUCAUCGGGCGGCGGGCUCCGACAAUUUGGCCUUGUUGUCAGGCACUCUGAAGACCUAUCAGCGCGCGGCCUGCGACGAGGAAACGAUGACAUUGAAAUGCCCACCCGGCACGACCAUCUCUAUCGAACACGCUCAAUAUGGAAGAGCGGGAAUGUACGGCAUCAGCAAAUGCAACUCGCCCGUUCCUCCGAUGAUCGCGGGGGACAUAUCGACGAAUCAUACAUGCAUCUGGCCGCAAUCACUGCAGCACUCACUGUUGCAGACGGUGGUCGAGGUCUGCCAGAAGAAGCGGCAGUGCAAGUUCAACACCAGCCCGAAUACCUUCCAGGGUGAUCCUUGCCCCGGGCUACGGAAAUACAUCGAAGUUGCCUACAAAUGCCGUCCUUAUGAGUUCAGGAGUAAGGUGGCCUGCGAGAACGAAGUUAUCAAUCUCGUUUGUUUCCCCGGGCAGAGGGUGGCGAUUUUCAGCGCGUCCUUUGGCAGAACGGAAUACGAGUCCUUGCAGUGUCCGCAGCCGCGUGGCGUGAAGGAAGAGACUUGCAUGGUAACGUUCGCAACGGAAACCGUAAUGCAAUUAUGCCACGGCAAACGACGAUGCUCGGUGGUGGCUAACAGCACAACGUUUGGCGACCCCUGCAAACCGGACAGCAAGACCUACCUCAAAGUCGUGUACACCUGCGUCCCGAGGAUGGUGUUGCGCGAGCAAUACGAGGACGAGGUCGAGCCGGACGAGAUAGAACAGGUGCACGAGUUUGACGAAGGUUUCGACAGGACGGACUUCAGGGCGGAAUUCAGUCCAAGUCCAAACCUCGAAGGACCGCAGCCGCAGCCCCGGGAUAAUGUCUCCAGAAAUUUUCCGACCGUCAGCUCGUCCCCGCCCCGCGCGCACACCGACAACGACGAGAACCAGGAGAAAUUCUACCUCUACAUCAUUCUAUCGGUCAGCGGCGGUAUCCUGGUCUUUCUGGCGUUGGUGAUCGGCCGCCUGUUAGUCAGCCGAUGGCGCGCCAAAAGAGAUGCGAAGAUGCACGCGAAUAACGAGGCUCUCCCGAAUGGCUUCACCGACGAUAUUUCCGAGAUCGAUGCCGACAUCGAUCUUACGACAGCGGUACCGGUGCCAAUGCAGGGCGCAAGGUUACCGGAGACUCAGUUGGCCGAGAGGCUCCACGGCGAGCGUUACUACGUCGACACGAGGAUACCUCUGUCCCCGACUACGAUCCACGCCACCCCGGUGCACCACCCGACCAGCACGGGGGUGCGCGACCUCGGUAACCAAUUGGUCGCCACUGACAAUCUUCACACGAUCCUCCGCAAAGAGAACCCCCGAAGCCUCAACAGCAAAAGUUACUACUACGGCUGACAGGAGGAAGGGGUUGUCCCGCGCGAGGGACGACCCCCGUCCUUGAGCCCGGUACCGGAAGUGAGCACACGGAGGUAUUGCUUCUAAUCGGCGAGACGGGACGCGCGUACGUAAAAAAGGAAGACACGGGCAGAGACCGAGGCACGUAUUCGCCGCACCAAGCCGCUGUAAAUUACAUUGAAUCACUCGGACGAGACGUUGUCGAUACGCCGAAUGGUGUGUCGUAACGGUAACAACGCGAUCUCACGGAUUUGCCGGACUACCGAUGGCGGACCCGGAGGAUGGGAUCUCGUCUGCUGACGCUUGUCGAAAGAACCGACCGGACUCGUGAACUCGUGUGCACUUCAGCAAGUGUUGUUGUCCAUUUCGCGGAGAUUCGCGGCGAUCCCUGGAUCCUCGGGAUUACGGAAUCCUUCGUUGUCAGCGGAAACGACGACGUGUGGAGAAGACGAAGAGGAAGGAAGAAGUGGGCGAUUUGUGUUGGGUCACGACGGACGGGUCCGCCUCUCGCUCGUGUGCUCUCGCGACGAGAGUUCACAGAGAGGAUCGAGCUGUGAAUGUGUAUAACGAAGCUCAAGCACCGAGUGCUUUGUUUGAGCGAGACUGGAAAUAGCUUUAGGGACAAGCGUUUACGUUAAACUAUGCGUUCGAGCGUCUAUAGCGAUUUAAUGGAAAGGACAAACCGCAUUAUGCGAUCCGGCGCGCGACAGGAUCCUCCGGAUAUCUCCGGGAAGAGAGGGAAAGAGAGAAAGGUGUCUCCCAGAGAUGAGAAUCGAUAGCGCCGAGGAGGAGGGAAGGAGAGUAGCCGGUGUACUGCGUAUGACGUUUACUUUCUCGGGCUGUCGGCGAGUUAAAUCAACGGACUAGAGUUCUGUUUGGCUCACAUAGAUGAUUAACUACGUAUUUCCCGAGGAAACUGCGUUAUCGAUCCCAUAAUGCCCGUCGAGCGCGACUCACUCACUCAUCGUGUAUACCUUGUACUCACCGUGUAUCAUCGGCGGGACUUCGCCCGAGCGAUGCGGCUUCCCCGAAGCGUAUAUCGAUCACGUUUCGCCGGUAACAGCGUUCUUGCCGACAGACCUCUGGGACAUUUUAUCUCGCGGCAGAUCCCUCCUCGAGCUGUACCAUCCGCCAGCCAUCGGGAGAGAACUUACCCCAAACGGUUCACGUCUCGAGAACACACGCGAUACGGGGAGUGGCUCGAAAGGUCGGUCCAUUCGCGAGCGAUAUUUCGCACGGGAUAUUUCCCUUUCCCGCCGUUAAUGGCCGAGAUUUCAGCCGACCAAUCUCCUCUCCGAAACUCGUUGCGCAACGCUACCGCGUUAGAAUUAUAUUAACCGACGUUCCUUCAACAUUAAAAUCGUCGCUCGUGCACUGACCGAUUGCGAUCGUCGGUCGUUGUCGCGGAAGAAGGAGCUGCUGAGGUAAGGUGCGAGGGAAAAUCUCUCAACGAACUUACAGCGGUUUUGUGUAUCGAAGCUACGCUGCUACAGUCACGAGACGAUUUUUAUAGAAAUUCACAUGUAUGUAUAUCAUUGUUGUAAAUAGGAACAUGUAAUUUAAUAUAUAUAGAUAAGUAAAAAAGGACUGAGAGAGAGAGAGAGUGUGUGUGUGUGUGUGUGCGCGUGUAUGCGUGGUAAAAAUACAUGUAAUAAGACUCAAUCGAAACUGUGCCGGAGAUCGUAGAGCUGAGGGUCGUCCUUCGUGCCAUACAAUCGAUUUUGCAAACGUGCGGGAAAAAGGGAGAGCGCGCACCCGUCGGGCCAGCAGAGGCUCUGCCUCGUGGACGAUCCCAAGGAUUAGCACGUAAUAAUAAUAAUCAGAGCUCGGAUUUUCCUUCCAACAAACGAGCGCGGACACCGCACCGGCGACGCGCGAUCCUACUUGUCGUACGUUCUCCUUCUCAGCCAAUCAUUGAUCGCUGAGCUUAUGCAGGAUCGUAGGAUUGUAGUAACGCUAAGACGACGACGACGACGUCCGUUAAAGUCAGAACGUCACGAAGAAGCCGAUAAAUGCACGCCAACUUUAUGUGAACUAAUUGAUCGAUGUCUGAUUUCAAGUUUGCUCGCGCCUUGAAGUGGUUGAAAAUGUACGUUUCGGAGAAAGAGAAACUUAAAAUCUUUUCUUUUAUGAUUUAUUUCACAUAUAUAUACAUAUGGUGUUUAUACAAGUAAAGAUUACAUAAACUGUCGAAAUUGACGUCCUUCAAUAUUAUACACAAUAUAGCGCGAUCUAAAAUGAAGCGAGUAACCGCACGAAGAACAUCAUGAUUGUUCCUACUUUUCUACAAUCGUCGUUAAUAUUCUAUUAAUUCAUUCAGCUCCGAUGUAUCAUUUCCUUCCGUAUAUUAAGCUUUAACUCUUGGUUUUCGUAUAUUAAGCUUUUAAUCUCGGUUUUCUUUCUUAUUUUCCAUUCUUUAUAAUUUUCCCCAAAAUUGUGUCAUUGUUUAUAAAUAUAUAAAUUUUCAACAUUCGUAGAUGGAUAACCGUUUCGAAUUGUAUUCACGUAUAUAGGGCACUUUUUCCAUCAGAAACACGCUUCUUAAGAUUGUACAGUAUGUCAUGUAACACAUCCUGUGGGUGUAUAUUAAUAUAUUACACGGUCUUUCUGGGGAUAUUCUGACUCUACUGACGAGCAGUCAGUGCUCGGCUACUUCGCGACAGAGAAGGAACCACACGGACUCAUCUAACGCGUGAAGAGGCCGUCACCACCGUCGCUCUGCACUCGCGGUGCAUUCUUUGUAUAUCACAAGAGCUAUCGAUGUAAUUUCGCUCAACUUCACCCGUAGUGUGCAACGAAUCCGAACACUAGCGGGUCCCGUUCUCGUUGUUUGUUUGUAUGUCGUUCGGUAAGUCG